AUGAAACGGAAAGUGUCCGUGUACGAUUCUUCGAAGGAUAAGACGCUCGGCCAGGUGGUGAAAGGUGAAUCGCCAAUAUGGAUUCGCGUGGCCAUGGCAAUUCUUCGUGUGUGGUUUUUCAUAUACGAUUGUCUCAACUAUCUUCCAUAUCAAUUGUUCAAUUCGCCUACAGAAAAGUUGCGCAAAUCGGAGCGUGUUAAGGCCAACUGGGUGGAAGACCGUGAUGGACCGAUUCGAAAUGUUCAAGGACAUGCUUCAGAAACUUUCCCUGGAAAGGACACAAUUGAUAAGGUCUGGAGAAAAUGUGUGGAGCUUUACGAUGAAUCACCUUGCUUGGGAACUCGGCAACUGAUAGAGGUUCAUGAAGAUAAGCAGCCCGGCGGCCGUGUUUUUGAAAAAUGGCAUCUCGGAGAGUAUACCUGGCAAAGCUACAAAGAAGUUGAGACUCAAGUUGCUCGUCUUGCCGCUGGCAUCAAGGAUCUUGCAAACGAGGAGAAAAAUCCGAAAGUUGUCAUUUUUGCUGAAACACGUGCAGACUGGCUCAUCACCGCUCUUGCUUGCUUCCGCGCUAACGUCACUAUCGUAACCGUCUACGCCACUCUUGGAGAAGACGCAAUCGCUCAUGCCAUCGGAGAGACUGAGGCCACUUUCUUGGUGACUUCAUCAGAACUUCUCCCGAAAAUUGUGACUCUUGGAAAGAAAUGUCCAACUCUCAAAACUCUCAUUUACUUCUCGCCGGUCGACUCCAAAGCGCCAACCCCAGAUCUUGCACCAUUCCGUGAUCAGUUCAAGCAUGUUCUUUCUCUCAAUGGCCUCCUUACUCGUAACGAAGAACUUGUCAAAGAAUCAACUGCUGUUAAAUCGGAUAUUGCUCUCAUCAUGUAUACGUCAGGAACUACUGGUCAACCUAAAGGAGUCAUUCUUCUUCACCAGAAUGUUGUCGCUGCUUUGUUAGGACAAGGCGAUGGAGUUGCAAUCAUUUGUAACAAUGACACGUAUAUCGGAUACUUACCACUCGCUCACAUUCUCGAGUUGGAUGCGGAAUUAACAUGUUUGACAAAGGGAGCAAAAGUCGGAUAUUCUUCCCCAUUGACUCUACAUGAUCGUGCUUCAAAGAUUCAGAAGGGAACACAUGGUGACUGUCACGCUCUGCGACCAACAUUGAUGGCUGCCGUUCCGGCUAUUAUGGAUCGUAUAUUCAAAGCUGUUUCGGAAGAAGUUGCCGCCUCGCCACGCUUCAUGCAAGAACUUUUUAAGCUGAACUAUGAGCGCAAGAGAUCUCGAUAUUUGGAGGGAUACUGCAGCCCAUUCCUUGACCGUAUCGUUUUCAAGAAGAUUCGCAGACUUUUGGGAGGAAAACUUCGAGGUGUUCUUUCUGGAGGUGCCCCACUCAACGCCGAAACUCAAAGAUUCAUGAACAUUUGUAUGUGUUGCCCGGUUGUUCAAGGCUACGGACUUACUGAAACAUGCGGAGCUGCUUGUGUUGCUGACAUCAAUGAUUUAAGCACUGGAACAGUUGGACCACCAGUCAGAUGCUCGGAUAUUGCUCUUCGUGAGUGGCCAGAAGGUGGAUACUCACCAUUCAAUGACCCUCCUCAAGGAGAGAUUUUGAUUUCUGGAGAAAACAUCUCACCUGGAUAUUGGAAGCAACCAGAGAAAACCGCUGAAGAUUUCAUCACAUAUAAAGGAAAAGUUUACUUUGCAACUGGAGAUAUUGGACAAAAGAGAGACGACGGAUCUCUUCUUAUCAUCGACAGAAAGAAGGAUCUUGUUAAGUUGCAGCACGGUGAAUACGUAUCCCUCGCCAAAGUUGAAUGUGCUCUUCUCAAUUGUCCAAUUGUCGACAAUAUUUGUGUAUACGGAAGCAGUAUGGAAGAUAGUGUGGUUGCUCUUGUUGUUCCGAAUCAAAAGCAUCUCGAGAAGAUUGCCGAAGCGGAAGGAGUUUCCACUAGUGAGCUAAAGACAAUGUGUGAAGACAAAAAGGUUGUGGCUGCUUACAAGAAACAACUCGAAGAGCACGCUAAGAAAAGUAAACUGUCUCGCACCGAAAUCCCUGCUGCUAUCCAUCUUUGUCCUGACAUCUGGACUCCGGACAGCGGUCUUCUCACAGAGGCCCUCAAGUUGAAAAGAAAACCAAUUCAAACCGCUUACCAGAAAACACUCGAUGACCUGUACAAGCAGUUGAAGAAAAACUGA